GCUGAAUGACCCUGAUUUCAAAAUCAGAGUCGUCAACCAUUUAUGUGCUGUGCACGGUGAUAACCUACAACUCAUCGUCCGAGUUACCAUGGAGCGGCUAAUGACAAGAUCAGUUGCCGCGGAGAUAAAUUACUCCGGCGCUAGAGGUUCGUUUGCAUUCAGGCGAGCAAAUAUGAACGGCCUUGUACAAGGCCUCAUUCGGCAACGCAUGGGUGAUGCAGCCUCGGAUGCUGACAUUACACGGCACAUCA